AUGCUACAUUGUGCACAAUGUAAUGACUGGAUAAGUUGGUGGUUUUCAGAUAGGCCAAAGGUUAAAAUAAUGCCGGUUGCUCCCAACGUCUAUGGAGGAAUGUCUCAGCCGUCGUGUUUAGACAGAGUAAAAUAUGGAUUUUUAAUGGGAUUUUGUGUUGGUGUAGCCAGUGGUGCUAUAUUCGGUGGAUUUAGUUGUUUAAGAUAUGGUUUACGUGGACGUGAAUUACUGCAAACAGUUGGUAAAGGUAUGUUCCAAGGCGGAGGCACUUUUGGUAUGUUUAUGGCAGUUGGCACGGCGAUCCGAUGUUAG